UCUCAUCCUUCCGACAGAGCCUGAACGCGGCAUGAAAGCGGAAGUUCGCCGCGUACUGUGACCGUUCUGUAAGGUCUUAUUUACAUGUACCCGUAAGCCUGGGCGUCGUUUAAACUGACUAAAUUACUAUUUUAUGUCUAAGACAGAGAUAAGAACUUUAACCGAACUAUCAACUAGAAUGACGUUUUGGCUUUCACAGUUAACAUUUACUGCAGGCUCAGUUUUUGUGCCAACGUUAGCUUGCACGUUGUGACGUAAAGACGUAAGGUCACCUUAAACUUAAACAUUUUCUUUUUCAUUAUUUUAAGACCCCAAAUCAAGUAGUUCAUAUCCGUACCGCUGCUUUUUUACUGGCAACAGAAAUUGGUUAGCUGUAUAAGACUAACUCGGACCUGAAACCCCACAGUUACAGUGUGUACACUUACCUGCUGCUUACCUUUCCUCCUCUGAAUUGAAACCGAGCUGCCAUCAUGCCCAUAAAAGAGGAUACAAUAGCCAUAUUAAAGCAGUUUGACACUGGAAACAAGUUUUCCUAUCUGCCUGUGCUGCCUAAAGCCUCAGUGCUGGUCCCACUGUUAGUGAAGGAUGGAGAGCUGCACACCCUGAUGACCCUGCGGUCAAAGGAGCUGAGGACCAAUGCUGGGGAGGUGUGUUUCCUGGGUGGGAAGAGAGACCCCAGUGACAGAGAUGAUGUGGAGACUGCCCUGAGAGAGGCAGAGGAAGAGAUAGGUUUACCACCUGACCACGUCCAGGUUGUCUGUAAACUGUUCCCUAUUAUGAACAAGAGUGGUCUUUUGGUGACCCCGGUGGUUGGCUUCAUAGACGAGUCAUUUUGUCCCCGUCCAAACCGUGCCGUAUUCACCGUCCCACUGGACUUCUUCACCAGUGAGAAGGACCACUUUACUACUCAUGGUGCUGCUGGGAUGACGGGGCCGUUGCACUCGUUUUAUUUCACAGACCCUGAUACAGGAAACCAGUAUCACAUAUGGGGCCUGACUGCUAUGGUGGUCAUAGUGGUUGCUCUCCUUGCUCUCAGGAAAAAACCAGAGUUUGACGUUGGUUUUGACUCUGAGGAUCCGCUAUCAUUCUUUCAACAGAUUCUGCAUCGAAGAAUUAGUAAACUAUGACUAAACGUAUUUGUGCCAAUAUAAAACACCUGACUUCAGAUUUCUUAUUGUUACUGCAGUCUACUAAUACACUGUAUUAAUCGUGUGAGGAUAAGAGUGCAAUGCAAAACAUGAAAAGGAUUAAUAAGACAUGUCUGUAAAACUUUUGCACUUUAACUUUUCUUAAUUAAAGGGGAAAGAAGAACCAAACGGAGACAGUUACAUUUUUAUUAAUUCAUUUAAUGUAGCAGCAGGAUUACAGAUAUAAACUGAAGAGUAUACAAAUGUCCAGAUCAAGGCAAAGUACAUGUUAAUAAUAGUUCAGAUGUAUGAUAACACACUGGGGUUGACCUUAAUCCCUACUACAGGGUUGUAAGGCUAGAUACUAAAGCUCAAGCUACACAGAACGGAUACAACAGAACUGUCGGAGAAUGUGAAAUAGAAAGCGAACUAGGAAAAGUGAGCAAAACUGAUUACACACAAGAUACCGCUCACACUAUUGGCAAUUAACAGUAAAUUUAUCAUGGUUGCUUCUUUUGAUCAAGCAUUUCACAGCAACAAUAGUAAUGUUGACAAGCACAUCAACACAAGAAAGCUCUCCAUAAAACAAUCUCCACUGUUUCGUCCCUUUUACCUCACAUGUACAAAUCUCAUGAGGCAUGAAAAAAACAAACAAAAAAAACAUUUUCAACAGAAAAUAAGUCGACAAUUCACUGGUGAAGCUGCACAAUAUUAUGUAGAGAGUAAUAACUCUGAUAUCUUGCAAUGGAUUUCCAAAAAAGAAAAUGUUAACACUAAAAUAUACCAGUAUGGGCUAUGGUUAUGCUCGUGUUUAGAAAUAAACUUGAACCAAUGAAAAGUGUCCUGAUUUUAAACAGUCCUAGAGAAUAAAAAGGACAAGGAGCCAAAUAGCACACAAAAGGGACACCAGUAAACACAGCAGAAUAACGGUAAAGUUAUCAAGGCACACAAAGUUCUGUUGAAAGCAUCACAAUUGAUAUUCAAGAUACCCCUGCAGUAUAUUUCACAUUUAAAUAUACAUGGAUAUUCAUUUACAUGACUGAAGGACAAAACCGAUAUUGUGUAAAGAUUUGUGUGCUAUCUUCACCACCAUUAAAUCAAUGUUUCACAUGGUUUUUUUUCAGGUGGAAGUGGCUAUUUGAAGAGUCAGACUGAGCAUCCUGGAUUGCUCAAAAUGAAAACAACUGGACGUAAAAAAUAAAAAAAACCCAAAACAAAACAAAAAAAAAACAUGAAAUUAAACCACAAUCCAAGACAAAACAAUCUGACGAAUGUACAGUGACACAAAUGACAGUUGGUGCCACCCACCCAUCCCCUCUGCCUCAAAAUAUAUGUUCUCUAAAACUGUAAUUGGUCCGAUGUUAGAUGUAGAGCGAGCUCUAUGUCCACACCAUGAGGUAAAAAUUACAUUCAUGAAACUGAAGUCACAGGUUGGCUUUGUGUGUUGGUAUGUGUUGGUAUGGCUUUAAGAGGCAUUUACUGUUCCGCACUUCUUCCGCAACAUUAUGUGCUCUUAACUCCCCUACCCAAGAGGAAUGGAAUGCUUGGAAACAUCACUACUGCGCUCUAACCUGAUCUACAGUUAAUGGAUGAGUCAAAGUGCCAUUUGAGAUGCAUGAAAUAAAAAAGUUAAAAAAAAAAAAAA